AAUGCAGACAGACAGAUCGAUUAUUACUGUCAUCACUGAUGAACCGACAGAGGUCAGUCAUGGCGAGCGAGCCGGUGACUGUGGUCUUCAAGCUCUACUGCCUGGCUGUCAUGACCCUGAUCGCCGCCGCAUACACCGUGGCUCUCUGCUUCACCAGGACCGUGUCCUCAGACCUGUACUUCUCCACCGCCGCCGUGUGCCUGACCGAGCUCAUCAAGCUGCUGCUGAGCCUGGGGAUGCUGCUCAGGGAGAGUGGAGACUGGGGCCGCUGCGGGAGUGUGGUGGUCAGUAAUAUUCUCAGGAGUCCGGUGGAGCUGCUGAAGCUGAGUGUGCCGUCGGUGGUCUAUGCUGUCCAGAACAACAUGGCCUUCGUGGCAUUAAGUAACCUGGAUGCUGCUGUCUACCAGGUGACGUAUCAGCUGAAGAUCCCCUGCACGGCGCUGUGUACGGUGCUGAUGCUCAGCCGCUCUCUGAGCCGCCUGCAGUGGUUCUCAGUCUUCAUGCUGUGUGGAGGAGUCACGCUGGUGCAGUGGACGCCGCCGCAGGCCACCAAAGUCCAGGUGGAGCAGAACCCGUUCCUGGGCUUCCUGGCGAUCGCGGUGGCGGUGCUCUGCUCCGGGUUUGCAGGUGUGUACUUCGAGAAGGUCCUGAAGAGUUCGGACACGUCUCUGUGGGUGCGUAACAUCCAGAUGUACCUGUCGGGAAUCGUGGUGACCCUCAUAGGGGUCUUUGUGACGGACGGGGCCCAGGUCCUGGAGAAGGGCUUCUUCUACGGAUACACGCCGUGGGUCUGCGUAGUCAUCUUUCUGGCCAGCGUGGGAGGAAUGUACACGUCUGUGGUGGUCAAAUACACUGAUAACAUCAUGAAGGGCUUCUCCACGGCCGCUGCCAUCGUCCUGUCCACCGUGGCGUCCGUCAUUCUCUUCGGCCUGCAGAUCACGGCGGCUUUCCUCGGCGGAGCGCUGCUGGUGUGCGUGUCCAUCUACCUGUACGGCCUGCCCAAACAAGACACCAGCAGAGUGCAGAAGCCCAGCUCAGACGGAGAGGACACACAGAGACUCAUCACAGUCUGAUGGACAGACACACAUCUGCUCUGCUGGACAGGAGGAGCCUCUGGGUUGUUUUAUCUCUCUGUGUAAUUUCAUUUCUAGGUCUUGAUGCAGAUGCACUGAUACCAAACCCUACACUGAAUGUCCCUGUGCUCUUCCGACAGGUUUAUUCUUUAGAUUGCCAAUGUUAUUUGUAUAAGUGCUCUUAAAUAUUGACGCAAGCUGAACGCGAGGAUCCUUAUGGGUUUGGAAAGCUGUAAAUUACAGAGCGAAUGUUGAAUCCUGUGUUUAGGGAAGGCCUGGUCAUCCGGGGUGGUCUCUGAAUGUUGGCUCUUACGGACUGAUGCGUUCACACGCGGCGUCUGAAUCCAGACGUGAUUAAACCUGAGGACAGACUACAUGCAUCAGUCCCAAUCAAUCCAAAUCCUCUUCAGAUGUAAAAGCACUUUCCUUUACAUGCGCUUCAGUUAUUCCACACAAAACUUUGUGAUGCGUUUAGAAAUGGAGAAAGAUGUCACUGGAGCUGCUGCCGUAUUAUAAAAAUGUUGAACACUUAAGAAAAUAUGAUUCAUUUCGUCCACCAGCGUUGGGGGUAACGCAAGUUAUGCGAUCAGAUUACUUUUUUCAAGUAACUAGUAAAGUAAUGCAUUUUA